AUGAAUGGCGGCGAUGAUUGCUCUGUUGUGGAUCGAGGUGGGCGCCUGGCAGUCACACCUGUGCCCGUGGGCUGGCAGCGCAUGGUGGAAGAGGGUGGAGUGCGCUAUAUCAGGUAAGCCUGGCAUUAUAUCUGGUGAUGGGGCAGAUGGGGCUCAUCCACCUGGGAAGGCAGCCCAUCUAGGAGAAGGGAAGCUCUGAUCCUAAACCUGCAUGGCCUUGUGGGAUAUCUUCAGAAGAAGAAGAGGCUAAGGAGUAAACCCUACAGAAAUCCAGAGUGGAGUCCCUAAGACAGUUGGAUAGCACUUUGUACGCCUCUUUCCUGCAACUCCUGCAGCCAAGCUGGUGUCAAAUGUAUUGUUCUGCUUUCCUUUGGACCACAUCAGUGAGGCCAAGAGGGGGGGUCUUGUUGUCUGGGCAGCCCAGGAGCCCCAUACACAGCGUCCAGACUUGCACCCUUUGGUGCUGCUAACGCAACACUUUGACUUCACCCUCGGAGGUGCACUCCAUUGUCUCUGGAGACAGAUGGAUGCCGAUGGUGAGCUUCUUGUUUGUCCCCCUGGUGUACUAGUCCCCUGACACUUCUUUCUUUCUUUCUUUCUUUCUUUCUUUCUUUCUUUCUUUCUUUCUUCUACCCUCCUCCCAUAGUCCCAGCGGCACCAGCCUGGCUUCGUUGGAGCAGACUCGUGCAUACCUGCUGGCGGACGGCACGUGCAAGUGUGGCCUGGAGUGUCCCCUCAACAUGCAUAAGGUACAGAACUUGGGAGAGAGAACCAAAACUGUGCUUGCCACCAGCAGUAGACUCUGGCCUGGAGGUUUUCAACCUUUGCCCAAGUAGUGAGAAUAACAAAAGGAGAACAAAGGUUGACGGUAGGAAUUUUGGAGGAUGUGUUACACCAGGCUUCCUCAACCUCGGCCCUCCAGAUGUUUUGAGACUGCAAUUCCCAUCAUCCCUGACCACUGGUCCUGCUAGCUAGGGAUCAUGGGAGUUGUAGGCCAAAAGCACCUGGAGGGCCGAGGUUGAGGAAGCCCGUGUUACACCGAGUCAGCCCAUGGACCCAAUCUAGCUCAGUGUCCUCUGCACCGAUUGGCAGGGGCUCUCCAGAGCUUUCUGAGAAGGGAACAUUGCCAACUUGACCUGGAGAUGACAAGGCUUGAACCUCGGACCUUUUGCAUGCAAAGCACCUGUUGCACCACUGAGCCAUGGUCGUCCUUCCACUAGUGGCCAGGCCUUUUUCCAGAAAACGGGAGAGUUGGUCAUUUGCUGGGAACCCUAGACUUGCAAAGGGCCACCAGCCCAGCACUACCACCAUUACUGUUCUUGCUUUCUGCAGAGUGCCCAUUCGGGCCAGAGACGUGGGCUGGGGAGGCACCUCUUUGUGGCAGCUCAUUCCACAGCUUUGUAAUUUAGCCCCGGAAACUGGAUACAGAAAACCAGCUCAUCUAGUGCAAGAUCCUCACAGUGGCCAACCAUAAGCCUGUGAGAAGCUCACUAGCAGGACCUGAGUGCAACAGCCCUCUUCCCACUUGCUAUUCCCAGCAUCCUGCCUCUGACAGUGGAGGUAGAUUACAGGAAAUUAAAUAUGGGGAGUGUUGUGUGGAUGCUGCAAUUUUGCACAAGUGCUGGAAAGAACUGCUGGAUGUGGCAUUCACUUUCCUAAAGAUUUCCCGCCUUUUUAAAGGAAGUUUCUAGCCUUUGGUGUUGCAAAGGCACAUUUAAACGUAUGAGAGCAAAGCCUGGUUGAGUCACAGAAACCGGGAGAAGGGGGGCUGUGGGAUAAGAUUUCUACUGGUCUAAGGACGGGGCUCCGGCAUCCUACGAUUCCUUGCUGCUCCCUAUGGGAAGACUAAAUGAGGCAAAACGAGAAAAAAGGCAAAUUGGCUUAAUCUGCACAAUAUCUCAAGGCUGCAGGAUACAGCUUGCAGAGAGUACAUACAAGAGAGAGUUUUCUGCUGUAGAGGUGGAUGCUGCCCUGUUUGGAUUGGGCAUUCCAGCUCUGUGAUCCUCAGGCUAGAAAAAGGUCUGACCCUCUACAGUUCUGCCAAAUUCUGCCCUUUAAUUUGAAGAGCAGCAUGCUAGAUCCGUGAGCGGGGACAUGCUCACCACACUAAGCACCAGUAGCUAUUUUGGAAAGGAACAGAAAGUGUGUGUGUGGCUUGGUUGGGGUCAGAUCUUGUCAUUCAGCAGCAGCAGAAGCUGGCAGUGCAUCCAGGGCUCCCUUCUGCCAACAGCACAUUCCUAGCUCUUCACAGUGCAGGGGCUUUCCAGCUCUCCACCUCAGGGAAACCUGUUCCGAGUCGGCUGUCAUUUGCCAAAGAACCUCUGCAUGUUGCAGAAGAUUCUGGGGGGAAAUAGGGAUGCUCCAGGGUGCUUCACACAGAGUCCCAAGUCAGGCCUUUUGCUGACAUUCACUCUGUGUGACCAGAGCAUGCUAGGACACACCUGGCACACAUGCUGCUGCUGUUCAUUUCAAGGGAAGUUGCCUUUGCAGGAAGGGAAAGGGCCGUAGCUCAGCAGGUAGAGCACCUGCCUUUCAGGCAGAAGGCCCCAAGUUCAGUCCCUGGCAUCCUCAGGGCUGAACCGAGAGACUUCUGUUCAACACCCUGGAGAACCACAGCCAGCGUAGUAAUACUGAGCUAGACCACCCGAUAGUCCAUUGUUUCUUCUCCUUUGUGGCUGGACAGAGCCACCUGCUGCAUAGGGGACAGUUGUAACCAGAGCUGUUUGUGAGCAACCACACCACACACAUGUAGAAAUCAGACUGCCUUUGGCACCCUAAGAAUCUCAGCUUUCGUUUUUUUAAAGAACAAGGUACUAGUCCUUUUUGAUGCAAAGACACGUUUGAAAACAUGUGAACGGUGUUUGGAGAAAGAAGGCGGAGGGGAGAUGACUAAGAGGUCAGAGGGUUGUGAGGAGGGCCAUUGCUUAAGUGUUCUCCGUGGCUCUUUGCUUGUCCCCCUGUCCCAGGGCUAACAGACAGAAUUAAUUGUGCAAACUGUAUGCAGAUUGAUUUGAUUUGCACAGUUUAUUCAGGUUUCAGGAUUCAGUCUCCGCUGGUGCAGAAUUUAGGUUGGAGCUUUGUGGGCGUCUGUUUUUCUCUGAAGGUCCAGCUGCUUUCCAGCCAUUGGGAUGACCCUCCAUUCUAGUUUCUUGCUUUAAGGAUGACUGUAUGUGGAGAAGAAUUGGUGAAAGAAUCAGCGCAAGUUUGCAUUAUGGGGUCAUUAAGGUAACAGUCAUCAUUAGUGUGCUGCGUUGGACUGGAGAAAGCAGGAUUCAGAUCCCUGCUCAACCACAAAGCUCACUGGGUAUCCUCGGGUCAUUCAAAAUGUCAGCCUAACUCCCCACCCCCAGGUUGUAGUGCCGAGGGCAGAACCAUAUAUGCCCCUCUGUGAGUUCCGUGGAGGAAGGGUGGGUUUAAAACAGGGUUGGGGCACCUUUGGCUGUCCAGGCACCGAAUGACCACAAUCCCCAUCAUUCCUGACAACUAGGCCAUGCUGGGCCUCUUAAGGUGGGUUCCAGCACCUCACAGGUGGGCACUAUUGCCAUUCUAAAAGAACGAGGGAGGCGUUUAUGGUGAGUUCUGGCACCUCUUUUUCUAGAAAAAUGGCACUGGCAACAACCCUGUGAGGUAGGUCAGGCAGAGAGGCAGUGACUGGCCCAGGGUCACUCAGUGAGCUUCCUGGCUGAGGGGAUUUGAACCCUGGUCUCCCAGGUUUUAGUCCAGUACUCUAACCACUGCACCACAUUGACUCUAACUUGGACCACAAGAAAUGGCCUGACUCCCACUGCAGUCUCUUUUUAUCACCUCGUUCCCCUGGACUGGUCAGGUGCCCUCCUGUUUUUAAGUAUUUUCUUCCCACCCCGUCAUGGUUAGGUUUUCAACUUCGACCCAGCAGCAAUGGUGACAGGGAGUGAAGGAAGCAAGGGCGACGAGGACAUGACCAAGCUGUGCAACCACCGGCGGAAAAUUGUGGCUAUGGCCACGCUGUACCGCAGCAUGGAGAGCCAUGGACCCCUGAGCCUGCCACACCUGGGGCCAGGUAACUGUGUUCUCCCACACGGGGCCAUAUUCCUUCACUGUUCUUUUUGGUAGCACUGUAAACCUGGCCAGUGCUAGGGACUGGGAAUUGGCUUAGCCAGCCAGCCUAUUCAACCCCUGUGUGAGUCAUUUGCUCUGGGCUUUUUCCAUUUGCAUUCCAUUCCUGCCAACCUAGCAGUUCAACCUAGCACGUCAAAGUGCAAGUAGAUAAAUAGGUACCGCUCCGGCGGGAAGGUAAAUGGCGUUUCCGUGUGCUGCUCUGGUUCGCCAGAAGCGGCUUAGUCAUGCUGGCCACAUGACCCGGAAGCUGUACACCGGCUCCCUUGGCCAAUAAAGCGAGAUGAGUGCCGUAACCCCAGAGUCAGCCACGACUGGACCUAAUGGUCAGGGGUCCCUUUACCUUUACUUUUUCCAUUUAGGAGACCUGCUUAAAUGGGUGCUCACACAUCAAAUUCAACCUGUGUACACAAAUAUUUAAUCUGUACGCUCAUAAAGUUAUUCGCGUGUAAUAUUCUGUGAGUGUGCAGUUUGUAUACCUGUGUUCACAGCAGUUGAGCUGUACAAAUCAGCAAGUGUGCACUCUUUUCACACAAGCACUUGCACAUGUGUCCAAACACCCUGUACAAAUAUUCAGUGUAAUGUGUGAACGACCCUACAGAGACACAAGGGGAAUGGCCCUCUAAUUAUUUGUAUGUUAUGUUUAUUGUUGUUCGAUAAUUGAGAUUAUGUAAAGUAAAAGAAGGGACAUGGGUGGCGCUGUGGUCUAAACCACUGAGCCUAGGGCUUACCGAUCAGAAGGUCGGCGGUUCGAAUCCCCGCGACGGGGUGAGCUCCCGUUGCUUGGUCCCUGCUCCUGCCCACCUAGCAGUUCGAAAGCACGUCAAAGUGCAAGUAGUCCAGCGGGAAGGUAAACGGCGUUUCCGUGCGCUGCUCUCGUUCACCAGAAGCGGCUUAGUCAUGCUGGCCACAUGACCCAGAAGCUGUCUGUGGACAAACGCCAGCUCCCUCAGCCUGGAAAACAGGAUGAGCACCCAGAGUCAUCCGCGACUGGACCUAACGGUCAGGGGUCCCCUUACCUUUACCUUUAAAGUAAAAGAAACAUGUAAAGAAAAACAAGUAACACUGUGGAUACUCCUAAAGUGGGAUAUAACUUUUAUCCUUUCACACUACAAGUAAUAUGAAGUCACAUGUACCUCAACAGUGAGAAAAAUUGUGCUUCAGACAGCACAGAUUUGGGCAAUGCCAAUAUAACUGCUGAACAACGUCCCCAAGGAAGAAUUAGGAACGUCUCAUGUAUUUGACAUCAGCUUUAUCUUAAACAUUAAUAUUUUUUUUUUGCAUCUGGUGACUUUUGUCUUCUGUAUCUGCUCCACAUCAUCCAGUACCACCAGAGUCAUCACUUGCAUUGCCAUCAUCAUUAGUUAAUGCAAAGAUAGUGGUUUAGAAAGUAUAUAUUUUAAAAACCCCUGAAAUAUUAACUUUGCUUAGGCCCGUGCAGUUUGCUUUUGCAGUGAUUUCCUUUUGCAUCUGUUGCUUUUUUAUCUGUUUCCAGGGCCCAGCUUGACCCAGCUGCCUCACCCAACCACACCAGGGCCCAGCAGUCGCCCACAGCAGAUGCUUCCCAGCAAAACCUCCACCACCCUGGCGAAGGGCCCUGAACUCUACCAGCAGUGCCCCUCGGAUCGCUAUGGCAACACCUGGUCCAGCCCCAGCUCCACUUUCCCCCGCCACCACAACACUCUCUUUGGGGAUGUCUUCCCAGGCCGCCUGCCUGCCACCACCAAUGGCAACACCCGGCCGUCCUUCCCAACUGAACUGAGUGCUGUGGGGGGGCCUUUCCUGCCCAGCAAGGCCCUCCCAGACACGCUGUCCCGGCCCUACCCCCCUUCCAGCUGCCUCCUCUUCCCCCCGCCAGAUGAGGCGGCGUCCAGCCAGGAGGGCGGCCCCUGGAGCAGCCGGCCGGUGCCUCUGGGGUCUCAGACCAGCACCACAGGCUCACCCGCCCCCACCACCCUCUCCUCCAUUUCAUCGCCGGCAGGCAGCACCGAGCCGUCCCCGCAGCGCUCUCGGCACUCCUCGGCUUCCUCGGAGCAGGGCCUCUCUGGACACCGCCCAGCUGCCAGGCCCCCCGGCUUGGACGCAGCGGCCCCAGCCAAUGCCUUAACCAACCAAAGCAGCAAUAACCUGCCCUCAGUGCCCUUAGGAGUUGCCCCGGAAGGCAAAGGACCGCCCAGCCUGCUGCUGCUCCACCCUCCGGGCCCAGGCUCCUUCCCAGCCAGCAGCUUGUUGAGUGCAGCCGCCAAGGCCCAGCUGGCCAGCAGGGGGCGUCCCGACGAGCUGGCUGCCAGCACUUUACCCAGCCGCUUGCUACUGUCCAUGGUGGGCGGGCGAGCGCCCAGGCGGCAGCGCCGCUCUCCCACCGUCCUGCGCCUGCUCAAGGACUCCCACUCGGUGGGGCAGGCGGGGGGGCUCGCCCAUCCGGAGGAGACGCCGACCCGACACCCCCGGCCUCGGGACCAGCUGCCUGCAGGGGAGGCCAAGAAUGGACCCCCCAGCUCCGGGGCUCCGGCUCAGCCGCUCUCGUCCCUGCUCAGCCUGCUCGCUCCCCCCGUGAGCUCACUGGCCGCCCCAGGCCUCCCGCCGGUGCCCCUGACCCCCGCUGGCGACAGCCCCAGCCCUUUGCCCUCCUUCCAGGACUUCAACAGCCAGCUCCUCAGCCUCUUUGGCCAGCUGGCCUCGGCGUCUUCUGAACAGAUCUCAGGGAGCCCCCCACAGCCAAAACCGCCUGCCUCCCCACUCGGAUCACACGGCACCCCAGGUAGGUCCGUGCGUCUGUAGGUGGGUGGUGCCCUUCACAGAGGCAAACUCCUUCCCCACCACACCACCUCUGAGGGCUGGAAAGACCGGGGGGAAACUCACCCCUGGAGGCAGUGAGGUGUCUGCUAUAUGUCUCCUUCCCAAGGAUGGGGAAACCUGUGGCCCUCCAGAUGUUGUGGAACUACAACUCCCAUCAGCCCCACUCAGCAUGGCCAGUAGGAUGGGAAUUGUAGUUCAGCGCGUUCUGGCUGAAGCCCAGGCUUGGCUCACUUGCCUUGAGCUAUGUUACUCGGCCACAGCCUUUCCACCCUCAGCAGCUGUUGUAGCUGCAUUGGGAUUACAGCCUCGCUGUGUGUGAACAGCAAGCGAGAAUGUUCCCCUUGGUCAAGCCUUGCCUCAGUCAACAUCUAGUAACUAGUAUCAUGCUAGCUUUUAUUUCUCAGGGCCAAACCAGGCUUGGCAUUUUUUUUGUUCUAAUUUUAAUGGGGUUGCAGGUGGUUCUGCAUCUGAUCAGAGCAGCGGUGGUGCAGAAAGGUGCUUAACCUUUUCUCUCAGACAGUUUUCCUGAUCAAAAUCAGCCCCUCAUUUCACCAGCUGUUUUGCAUUGUGUAUAUACUGGAUUUCUGUUUUCCACAGCAAGAAAAGCAGCACAGGUCGCACUUGGAUCAGGAAAAUGGCCUGUAGGUUAAACUCCCUUCCACUAAUCCAGCUAGAUUUGGGGUAAAAACCAAACCUGUGUGGGGACACACCACAUGCUUCUGUCCACAUAGUUACUGUGGCCCUGAGCUUUUAUACAUGGGGGGUACAAAAAAUCCAGGUGCGCAGUAGCUGGGUCUGGUGACUGGGUUGCCUCAAAGCUCACAAGGCUGUUUGCUUCUAGCCGGUGCCUAGAAAAUUUUGCUACCUCUUUACUUAGGGCGGGGCCAUAAUUCAGGGAUAGAGGACAUAGUUUGCAUGCAGAAUGCCCCAGGUUAACUCCCUGGCAGAUAUCAGGGGAUGUUGAAGACCUCUCUGCCUGAGAACCUGGAGAGCAAUCGCUAGCCAGGAGAGACAACGUGGGCUGUAUGGACACAUAAUCUGGACUGGUAUUCUUUUAUCUCUUUAUUUAAUCUUUACCUGACUCUUCAGCUGAAAAAGCUCAAAGAGCAGUUUAUGUACAGUCAAUGAAAGCAAGGCAGUCCCUUCCUGCAGGCUUACAACCUAAAAUAAGGAAAAAAGGAAUGGGUAGGGAAGAGCAAGGGGCAGGGAAGCAAAGCCAGCCCUCAGUUUUUAAAUAGGAGAGUUCAUAAUUGAGAUGGGGAGCAGAACUACUAAUGUGCAUCUUAUCUCUGUGCAGUAGGCUAAUUUCUCCACACACCCCUGUUUCCUCCACCCAGAUACGCCAGAGGCAUUAUCAGAGUUCCUUGGCAGAUUCUAGUCAGGGGAAAACAGUCAAAGAGGGUUCCAAGCAGGGUUAGGGAGGGGGUGGCCUGGGGAGGGGAGGGGAGGGGAGAGGUGGCUGGGGUAGUUGUGCGCUUCCAAGCGCCAGAUAGAUCAGGAGGACUGCAUUCAAGCCUGGUCCAGAUUCCCCACACCUGCUUUACAUGACCAGCUGGGAUGGAAGGUGUUCAGGUCCCUCAGCAGAACCAAUGUCAUGGUCCUGCUUGCCACCUCCCUAAGGCAGCUGAAAGUAUUGCUUGCAUAAUGAAUGCAUAGUCUUUUGAGUCAAAAAGAAAAACUAAGCAAGCAGGGUGGUUUCAGACACUGUGGAGAAAGAAGCGGGGAGACAUGUGAGUGCCUCUCUCCCUGCUAGAGAGGUAGGAAGGUUGUCUUCCACUGACGUCGGCAGAAGUCUUGCAAGCACUGUCGGUCUGGUCCGACACAGACCCACAUUUUCUCCCCUUCAGCCCUGGCUACUUGGCACUGCCCAUUCCUUUCUAUCCUUGGCCUUUUAAAGAGCAUGUCCCAAACAGCAAGACACAUCGUGGUUUUACACAAUGAUUUUUCUGAGCUUCACUUUGACCCCAUUGCCCUUCUUCACAGAAAUAGCUUAUAGAAUUGUACAGUUGGAAGGGAUCUCAGUGGUCAUCUAGUCCAACCCCCUGCAAUGCAGGAAUAAAUAUGAGCUAUGAAGUAAUAAUGAAAAGAUGGCAAAAGGAACCCAUGGACUUUCCCUCAGCACCAAAACUCUCGCAGAUUUAGAAUUCAGAAUUAGAAUCACAAUUCCCCCCCCCCCCCACGCCUCCAUUGCCCUUCUUGUCUUCUCCUCUCUUGAAUUUUAGACCAAGAUCACUGAGGCAGGGACCGGUUCUCUUACAAUCUGUGAAGCAACAUGCACAUUGGUGCUACUAUUUACAUAAUCAUAAAGGAUCAGGGGUGUCUUUCAUGGCAGAAAACAGGGCUCCCAUGUAGGCCAGAGCCCCUGGACUUAUCUCUGCUAAAAGAAAAAAGUUAGUACUCUUUCCAAUCAAUAUUCUGGAAACAUUGUCCAGAAAUGGUGGAUUCCCUUGCUUGCAAACUGUUCCUAUACCUUACAUUAGGGAGGUUUUUGGGAGGGGCAGGGGCCGCAGCCCCCCAGGUGACUCCCAUCAUUCCUGAUUGCUGGCUGGACUGAUGGGAGUCCUUAACAUCCAAAGGGUCACAUAUUCCCCAUUUCUGUACUUGUACUUUCUGCCUACCUCCUUUCACCAGUGCUGCUAGGAACAGGGGAAGCUGCCUUAUACUAAAGCAGAUCAUCGGUCCCUAUAGCUAAGACCUGUCUGCAUGCUGACUGCCAGUGUCCUGCCAGGGUUUCAGACUGGGAACAUUCUGGGCCUCCCAAGAGAUGUCAGGACCUUCUGCAUGCAAAGCAGAUGCUCUACCAGUCAGCCAGGAUGCUUCCGUUUUGCACCUGGAGCUCAUUCCUCCAGCCCAAACUGCAUGUUUACAUCAACCAUCCAUGCAAAUUCUGCCACACUGCUCUAACUAGCAGGUGGGCUUCCCCCAGUCUGGACUACAGAGUUGGGGAACUCUAACCCUUCCCUGCACAGGGAGAAUCCCUCCCGAGGCACUUAGUAGCUUUGCAAGGAAGGGGGGAUUUUUUCAGCAGGAUCACCCUGGGGGAGACAUCGUUUAACCUCUUGCCUUCCAAACCACAUUCUGAUAGAGGUUCCUUUGUGUCUGCUAUUUAGCAUCAAGAAGAAGAAGAAAGGUUCAUGGCAGGGGAGGGCAAAUGGGGUGCUGCCCCACCCACCUCACUCUGCCCUCAGCCAGGCCCCACUGGCCUAUCCAGUUUAGGGCGUGGCACUGCCUGCUAGACUCCUCCAUCUCAGUCUUGCUCUUGCAGGGAGGAUGAAGACACACUAGCAUUAGCUGUCUCUGCCUGUCAUCGGCUCUACCUGCUGCUGGGCUGCCUUGCUUCCACCCCAGCAGCCCCAGUGGGCAUCACCACUGACUCCCAGAACUUGGCAGCAAAGCGUGUUAGCAUCAGGGGUCCCUCCUAUCAUGGCAGAAAAAGCCACACAGGUGGAUGCUCCCAAGAAAGCACAGCAAUGUGCAGAAGGUGGUUUGCACACCUUGGAUGCUAGCAGUGGGCAAUCUUUUCUUUACUUCUCCGUAGCCGUCAGCAGCGCUUCCAUAAAGGCAGAGCCCUUCUGGCUCACGGAACAGUUUUGCUUGUCCAGCCAAGGAACUGGCUAUUGCUGCCUCCGCACAGCUGUGCAGCAGACGUUGUAUUAAGAGGAGCUUCAGUAAGAGUAACCAGGUGCAAAGUAGGGGAGAGAGCCCCUGCAUGUCUAAUAGCUGUGCAGAAGACGGAAUUUAGUGAGGACAGCAUUUUUCAUCGCUGCAGCUCUUAGGGUCUGGAUACAGCACUUUCCCAGCCCUGUCUUCAGAUGGCAGGGACUGAGCCUGGGGCUUUCUACAUGUGGAAUAUGUUCUUUGCCAUUGUGCUGUGGCCCCUCCCAUGACACAAAGUACACUGCCCCUCCUCUCUUCCACUGCACCGACUUCAUCUUCAUCCUAUACCUGGCGUAGAAGCCAGCCAGAAACAAAGCCUUGUAUUUUUCUGCAGCUGAGCUAUGAUGGAGGCUGAGAAUUAUUUGAUGUUCAUCAUCUUGUAGGUGGAGCAUGGUGCAAGUGCUAGCAAAAGAGCCAGGAAGAGUCUAGUGGUGUUAGCUAACCAGGAAAGUAACAGCCUCACCUGCUCCUUUACUUUGCUCUUUAAAAAAGAUGAACAUCAAAUAAUUAUCAGCAUCUAGCUGCAGAAAAUCCAGCAUCCAGCUGCAGAAAAAAUUCUGAGUUGUAGAAAUUCUUUGUUACACUUUUUAUCCCACCCUUUCUCAAAGGAGCUCAGAAUGAAGUACAUGGUGGCCUUUCCAUGCCGUGUCAUCUUCCCAAUAACCCUGUGAGGCAGGUUAGGCUGAGAGAUGCUGCCCAGCUCAGAGCAAAGCUCAGCACACUAUUUAUUUUGUUCGAAAUAUUUAUAUGAAUCACCUAUACUCAAAGAUUUCUAAGUGAUUUACAGUAGAAUAAAAUACAGAAUGAUAUUCAUCGUAAAUAAAUCAGUAGCGUAUCAAAAGGUGACCAUGUAAAAUUAACCUUCCAGAAAUUCUUGAAAUGAAAAUGUUUUCAUGUCAUGCUGAAAUCUGUCCAAUGUUGGUGCUUGCCUCCCUCACUUCCACAGGGAGGGUGCUCUCAAUAAUAAUAAUAAUAAUAAUAAUAAUUUAUUAUUUAUACCCCGCCCAUCUGGCUGGGCUUCCCCAGCCACUCUGGGCGGCUUCCAAAAUUUUUUAAAAAUACUAUAAUACAUCAAACAUUAAAAGCUUCCCUAAACAGGGUUGCCUUCAGAUGUCUUCUAAAAGUCUGGCAGUUGUUGUUCUCUUUGACAUCUGGUGGGAGGGCAUUCCACAGGGAAGGCGCCACUACCGAGAAGGCCCUCUGCCUGGUUCCCUGUAACUUGGCUUCUUGCAGUGAGGGAACCGCCAGAAGGCCCUCGGUGCUGGACCUCAGUGUCUAGGUAGAAUAAUGGGGGUGGAGACGCUCCUUCAGAUAUACUGGACCAAGGCUGUUUAGGGCUUUAAAGGUCAGCACCAACACUUUGAAUUGUGCUCGGAAACGUACUGGGAGCCAAUGUAGGUCUUUCAAGACCGGUGUUAUGUGGUCUCUGCGGCCGCUCCCAGUCACCAGUCUAGCUGCCGCAUUCUGGAUUAGUUGUAGUUUCCGGGUCACCUUCAAAGGUAGCCCCACAUAGAGUGCAUUGCAGUAAUCCAAGCGGGAGAUAACCAGAGCAUGCACCAUUCUGGUGAGGCAGUCUGCGGGCAGGUAGGGUCUCAGCCUGCGUACCAGAUGGAGCUGGUAAAUAGCUGCCCUGGACACAGAUUUGACCUGUGCCUCCAUGGGUAGCUGUGAGUCCAAAAUGACUCCCAGGCUGAGCACCUGGUCCUUCAGGGGCACAGUUACUCCAUUCAGUACCAGGGAAUCCUCCACACCUGCCCGCCUCCUGUCCCCCCAAAACAGUACUUCUGUCUUGUCAGGAUUCAACCUCAAUCUAUUGCAGGGGCUGCUGCCCUAAAUGCUGUUAUGAGUAUAGAGAGUUUUGAUUUCUAAGUUCAACUCCUGGCUGUGAUGUAGCUAGCCUAUCCACCCUACCAUGAGUAGGAAAUGGAGUCCUCCAAAUGUUGCUGGACUAUAACUCCCAUCAUUCCUGACCAUUAAUCAUUCUGAGUGGGGCUGAUGGGAAUUGGAGUCCAAGAACAUCCGGAAGACCACUGAUUCCCCAUCCCUGCUCCAUACCACGGGGACUCCAAUUAGCAGGGGGACUUUUCUGAGCUGGGAGAUGAACCUUGCCGCUUGCUGGUGUAUACAGAUCAGACUGCUGUUAAGGGGCAAGUUUAAAGGCUGGCUACCCCAAUGGGGAGCCGAACAGAACUGAGUGGCUGGAUGGUGGUGUCUCAGGAGGUGCUCUGCAGUGUCACAGAAGACUUCAUAGCCAGACUAUCUAUCUGAUGCCUCAGAAGCAGGAUUAUUAUAAUUCCAUGGGUUGGUGGGGAAGACACAGGUCUCUUGAGCCUGAAAUAAUUGCAUGGCAAAAAACGUAGAGGUGCAGGCAGCGCCAUGCUGAGAUAAGCACCCUCUGUUGAAUUUUGUCUGCCACACAACUGCAAAGAAGGUGGUGAAUUAAGGCUGCAGUCCUGCACGUGCUUAACGAAGGAAUAAGUUCCGUUGAGCUCAGCAGGAUCACCUUCUGAGCAUACAUGGAAACCAGGCCUCUCGUGGGCCUCUUCUGAACAAGCCCUUCUGGGAAGGUGCAAGCAUGGGACAGUGUAUUGGGGAGAGAGUCCUUGAGGCGCCGCGUUGCUCUUCCUCAGUGUCUGUGCCUUUCUUGUCCCUUUCUAGGUGCCAGUUCCGCUUCACCUCUGACUCCCAAAGCCCCGCCGGCAGCCAGCCCUGUCCCCACCAGUGCAAUGGAAGGCGGGGGCCUGGGCUGCCCUGUGGCCUCGGGCCCCGACCCCUUCCCCUUCCUGGCACAGGAGCAGGCGCUGCCUUUUGGGAACGCUCUACCUCCCGGGCUGCUCCCACUGGGCUCCUUCCCCUUCUCGCUGACGCUGGGCCCGGAGACGCCACUGCCGCCUCUGAACCUGCAAGGGGACCCCGAGGGGCAGCCCUUGCUGCCUCUGGUGCUGCCCGGCCUGGAUUUGCUGCACCAACCCAGCGGACUCCUGGCAUCGCUGCUGGGGCUGCCAGAGGCGACGUGCGAGGUGGAGAGGGAGGCAGCCGCCACGGAGCCCCUGCUGGAGCCCUUCACUGGCCUCCAUGAAACUCUGCAGCCCCUGCUCUUCCCAGCACUUUCCACCCCUCCAGCUGUCCUAGCUUUAAAUUCAGCACUGCUGGCGACCAGCCUAGGCCCUUCUGACCCUGGGCCAGGCCCCCCACAGGUAAGAAAACUGUAGGCGGGCUUUGCCGGGGGCUGCUUGUUCCUUUUAAGAGGAAGGUAGAAGUUGCACAGGUGCAGCUUCUCCUCUCACAGGGCACUGGGGAGGAGGGAGGGUGGAAUGGAAGGAACUGCAUUUAGUGAAUACCAGCCAGGCUCAAAACUCUUAAAGGGGCCUUUUGCAAUGUGGUCACAGAUUGAAAGCAGGUGGGAGGAGGAGAUGACAGCCGCAGGAAGCAUGGGGCUUGCACACACCUGAAAAGCAAUGUUUUCUGUCUUUCUUUUAAACUAAUGGUGGAACAGUCAUUAUUUUAUAUGGUGCCACUUUGCAGAGGCCCAUAAACAACAUCCAUGGCCCAAGGAGUUUCCAUAAUUUGUCUAUCGUCAUGUGGGUGGAGGUGGAGUGAUUCUAUACCCCUCAAAUACUACAGAGGGGUGCAGUGCAACUCUGCCCACAGAAUCCCUGCCAAUCAUUGCUAGGACAUCCAGCGUCGGGGGAUGGGAGGCAGAGCUCUGCCCUCACCAAAAUAGCAUCCCAAAGUGUAAUGCCGAAGUGUAGCAUCAAAAGCAGGAAGACAGGCAUUUACUCUCUAGCGAGGGGCUAGUAAGGAAAGGGCUCUCCAAGAUCCAUGUGGGACUGGGAGCUACAUGCCCGCUUUGCUCGUAGUGCCCUGUGUCUGGGUCUCAUUCUUGGUCAUGCUGUAGUGUUAUGGAAUGCCAGGAAUUAAUAAUGAAGAAUGAGAUCGACAUUUGCAGGCUCAGCUGACCUGCCAUAUUGCACAGAUAGGAGCAAGCACGGCUGCUCUAAAAGAACGAAAAUUCUGCAGAGGGUGGGAUGUGGCAACACUGAGCCAUAGCAACAGGCGCUCUCCCCAAAUCAGCUGCUGGGCUUGCCCUGCCCCUUGGCUCCCACCUCACCCUCCGCUGCUUCUUCCGCCCCAGACUGGCCUGGCUGGCACUCCUGUGGCACCUACCUCCACCAGCGCAACAUCAACGACUACUGAGGGCGCCCCUAGCACCUCAGGGCGGCUGCAUCCCCUGAUGCCUCAGCUUGUGAACCCACUGCUGAGCACCACACUUCUGGGUGAGUUAAACCCCUUCUUUCUGCAGGGCCAACUCCUGGGAAGGUGAAGAAGUUAAGGCACGACAGGGCGGGGGGGGGGGAGCUAGCACGAGCUGCAGCCACAUACUAACCUGUCUGAAAUGGUGGGACUGGGAUUGAACAGGGCCUGGAUGUAGUUGUGUCACGGCAGAAAGAAAUAGUCCUGCUUUUACAGCUUUAUAUUGUUGGCCCUUCCACCCAUUCUGGUUUAUUAUUUGGGCCUCUAGUUGAAAAGGAAUCACAGCCACUCUGAUACUAUGCAUUCUUUAAUGCUCCACAUAGGGUCUGGUCUCACACACACACACACAGACACCCGGCAACAGAAACCAUGAAAGGAGCCAAACUGACAAUAAAAAAACAUGUGGCCAAGGUCACCCAGUCAGCUCAUUGAGGUGGUGAUGGGGAAACACCCCUCUGACUUCUGUUUACUUGCAUUCUCCCUCUUGAUCCAAGGCUGGGAAACUCAGGCCCUCCAGAAGUUUGGACUCCAAUUCCCAUCAGCCCCUCUCAGCAUGGCCUAGGACCAGGGAUGAUGGGAGCUGUAGUCCAGCAAGAUCUUGAGGGGAACAGGCUCCCCCAUUUUUUGGGGGUAUUUUGGGCUCUCACGUUUUCAGGCUUUGGAUUCCAGAAGUAUUUGAAAGCGGAAACGUGGAAGAGCUCUAUGUACAUGCAGCUGCACAUGUCUAAAUUAUUCCACUGCAGUUGACAGCAGGUGUAUGUGUAGAAGUCGCUUUCACCCUUUUGGAGGGACAAUCCUUUAGUCAGUAUAUAUUGGGCAGGGGUAGAGAACAUACGAAAACAGGUGCUGUUACAGCUCUUGCGGUGAGGCACCUUGGAGCACCCUGGGGACGGUUGUGUGAGAGUGACAUUGUUCACGGCCUGGCCUCCUUCUCUCCACCAUGUAGGUGACCUGUCAGGGCUGAACCCAGGCUCCAGCCCAUCGUUGAUUGGAAACCCUCUUCUCCAGGCCCAGCAGCCGCUUCUGCCACCCAGCCUGCAAGGGCCACUGGGACUCCAGCUUUUCCAAGGGCAGCUGCCCCUGCUGGCCGCCUCCAACCCCCUGGCCUGCCUCCUCCAGAGCUUGCAAGUAAGUGGAGAGCCGAGGGCUGUAUCCGGCUUCCAAGGGUGAGGCAGCGUUCAGAAACACCCCCCAGAUUCAGUACUUGGGGAAAAUGCUUUUGAGUGUUUUUAAACUCACAAAUGUACACAAAUAUGCUGCAUUAGCAUUGCUUACUUUGCUAUAUUUGGGCUAUUUUAGAAUGUUAUAGGAUGGGUUAGGAGUGUUAUGCUUGACAACUCUGUGAGGUGAAGAGUGAGUGCCAGGGGCAAGGCCUAAAGUACAUAAUUGACAGUAGUCAACAGCUGUUUUAGAAGGAAAAGCUGAUUUCGGUAAGGGUGAUCAGAAGUGUGAGGGUGGGGAGUUGCCACCCAUCAGGAUAGGGUUUUCCUGGGCUCUUGUUCAUGUGUGUUUACAUGUAACAUGUAUUUUAGGCCAGAGUGGGGAUUAGACCCUGGAUCUCCUUAGUCAAAGCCCAACACUGUCCAAUAGGCUGGUUCACUGGGAUGGCGAAGGAUUAAAAAGAAGCAAGGUGAGAUGAGCAAUUGAAGCAGGAAAAUAGAGCCUCUGUCUUUUUGGGAGCAGGGGUAGGCACGCCCUGGGUGCUGCUGGACUCCAGCUCCCAUCAGCCCCAGCCAGCAUGACCAAUGGUCAGGGUUGAUGUGAGUUGGAGUCCAACAUCUUCUGAAACACCACAGGUUCCCCACCGCUGGACUUUGGGAAAGAAAUAGUAACACAGGGUGUUGCUGAAAAGACGAAUGUUUUGAAUACUGAGGCCAGCUUUAAUGGACUCAGCAGAAGUGAAUUUAAAUACGCUUUUGGAGAAGCAGUCUUUGCAGAGUUCUGACGGAUUUCCUCCGCUGUCUUGUCUCUUUUUGCCAGCUGAGCUCUGGCUUUGGCGUCCCAGAGAAGUCCGUGCAACCGAGUGAAGCCCCAGCCCCAGCCUUGGCCAGCGGGGCCCCUGCAGCAGAGACGGAGCCAGGCCACAACACUGCGUUGCCCCCCCCUUGCACGGACGCUGCCCCUACAAGUGCCUUAGAGCCGCCCAGAGCCCUCGAGCCAGCCAGGCAAGGACAGCAGGAGGCCCCCCUGGGGCAGGAGGCCAGCAGCUCGCGCUCCCCGCUCAAGCGGCCCCGUCGCGGCGCGGAAGACCUGAAUGGAGACUCCGGCAGCAGCCUCUCUCGGGGGCCGGGGCGGGGCGGCAAGUCUGGACGGCGAGGGGGCGGGCGGGGCAGGGGCAGGCGGCACUUCAACGGCCAGCUUCCCGACUUGGGCGCAGGGCACCCGUCCCAUCCCGCCUGGCGCUGCAACGGGGAGAUGGUGGCCAGCAGUGCUGAAAGCCAAGCGGGCCCUUUUGCUGUCCAGGAGAUAAAGGUACGUCAGGUGCCGAAACAAGGGGGACAGGGGGUGACUGGGAAAUGGGCUCCACCGUGACUUGGCUAAGGGGUGGGGGAGGGAGCACAGCUUGCAAGGCCCCCUUGCUAUUCAGGGGCAAGCUGUCUCCUGCUUUCCUGAUGCUGCGGACAAAUGGGAUGGCUCUGCCGUGAUGGACAGCUACCCAUCCAUAUUGCUGGCCAUCUGAGUUGGACACCACAUGCUGGACUAGGUAGACCUGAGGCCUUUGUGCACCAAUGCGCUUCUAAUGCUGCUGUUUUCAGCAUAAGGAAUGCCUCUGGUUUGAGCCCUUGCUUCUGCAUUGGCUAUGAAGGCUGAGCUGCAAUAGUGUUCAGUGAGGCUGCUAGGGAGCUUCACAUACAAGCCUCAACCAGUCUGAAUGAAGCAUUGGGUUUGCGCACUCACGCCCGACACCCUUGCAUAGCCAGGAAGAGGGUGUCCAUCGGUCUCACUUUUAUCUCAGUUUAGCAUUCAAACUGGGGGUUCUGGUUUCUAAAAGACGGACCAGUUUAAUAAGUCAGUGAGUUUGAAGUUAGCUUGUUAUGAAACUAAAAUUGACAGAGCUCUUCAGGGCCGCUUGGUAGGAAGAGGUCAGGGGAGCACAUGAGCCUUGUGGGAUAUUCAAAGUGGCCUUUGCAUAGUGGUCCUGAGGAGUCCAGGGAUUGGAAGAUGGACAAACUGGGUGGAGCUGAGUGGGCAAAUGGAUGGCUCCAAGGACGCUGGGAGCAGGAGGAGGGGGAGGAGAUGCAGAUGCUCACCUUCCAGUCAUCCUUCUUGCAGGGCCCUCCUGGAAGGCGACCAGCCCGACGUGGCCGGAGGAGAAAAAGCAGGUGAGGACCAUGUCCCAGAAAGGAUGGGGCUCAUGGCAGAAGCUAGAGCAAGGUUGGGGGCCACUGAAAGUGUCUUCCUUCUCUGUAAUCCACCCUUGUUUUUUUGCAGUGGUGCCCGGCCCAGCGCCCGACCUGAAGCUACACGGAUCCGGGGUCCCAGUGCUGAUCCAGGGCCCAGCCCAUUGGUAAGUGCCACCCCACCCCACCCCAAUGCCACCUCCUUCAGAGUGGUAGGCACUAAUCUGUCUUGCAGCAAGGCUGCUUUCUCCCUCCUCCCAUGUGCCUGGACACCACACACAGCCCAACACCUAGCGGGAAAGGGUUAACCAUGCACUUCUCCAAGCCUCCACACUUGUAGGUCGCAAAGACUCAACCAACUGCUUGGGGUGAAAGAGAAGCCAACCACAAGCCACAACCUCAUGCACCCCCGCGUGGCACCCAAGUCAGAGCAGAGGCAAACUAUUUUCUCGGCAAAGUGCUUCUCAAGGUCACAGGCGGCCAGCAAGGGUUCCUCCAAGCUGCUCCCUGGGUCCUAGAGCAUGAUAGACCUUUUGGCCCACAGUGAAACACCACUGGGUGGCACCAAGGAGGCGUAAUAGAGCAGAGAAGCCUCUCUCAGCCACCACCCCUGCUACACACAGGGGCAGGCAAUGGCCUGUAUUCUGUCAAACUAACCCCGGGUCUUCCUCUUGCUGCUCCCCUGUGGCUUCAUUGUGGAGCAGCCAUGUGUCCUGCCUUACAGAGGUCAGUCCUCUGGGUGAAGGGCGGUCUGGUCCAAGGCCAGUUUAAAGAUGAGAAACUGUAAGGAGGCUUCUCCUAACAGGAUUUUCUAGAAGAUAAUCGCAUUGAAAUUGCCCAUGGAAAGUUGGCACCUGGACAGCCGACUGAGCAGGCACACACAGCUCACAUGGUCACAGUCUCUCCCACCCUGACAAGAUGCAUUUAUGUUCCAAUUACAGUAGUUCCUAAAUUUGCAUUGUUACAUAUUUAUCAGCACCUGUAAUUUUUUUGCACAAAUAUGUGCCCUCUUUUGUCCCUUUUUUGGUGGUGAGGGUGAUGCCUUUCCUAUUUUGGGGCAAUGCACAAGUGGCCACCCCCCACUUCAUUGCCACAAUUUAUGUCAGAUAAUCAUUUCCUUUAAAGCACUUACUGUCUCUGAAAAGUAAAAAUAUCAAUACACUGUGGAUCUGAUUGUGCCGCAAAUGGAAGAGUCUGGCUUCUGGUGUCCAUUGGCUUCAUCAGGAUUUCUGUGUUUUCAGUUUAAAAUAAACAAUUGAUCAAAAAGCUUUCUACAUUUUGGGGAUGAGCAAAAAACAAAACCACCAGAGAAAAGAAAAUGCAAAUUCAACUAAAAGUAAAGACUUAAAAGGUGUCCUACAAUUUUACAUUAUCACUCCCAUGCCCUGGUGAUUUUAUUCUUUGUUUAAAACAUUUCCAUGUCACUUUUUGAAAGUGCUUAAGGCAGCUUAGAACAUGAUGAUUUUAAGUAUUUUAAGCUCAAAGCUGUGUGCACAAAAACAGGGUAGAAACCUGUACCUACAGCAGCAAAGCCAUCAUACCUCUCCCCCUGCCAGCCAUUAUCUCCAUGUCCAAAGGCCUUUUAGAAGAAACGGGCCAACACACCCAUCACUGGAUAUCAACAGGACAAGCCCAGAGAAGGACCUGUGAGGAGGCAGCAACGUCAGCAGAUCCCAGGAAGGGCAGAGGCUGGGAUAAGUGGUUCUCUGGACAUCUUCCCUCAAACCACAGGGCAGCAGGACCCAAGAGAAGCUGACAGGAAGCUGGCUGAAGCUGAUGAAGUCACCAGGGGAAAUUCCCAAGGGAGGGUGACUCCAGGGCACUGAGGGACUAUGAAAGCAGCUGGAGGAACAUUGGAAGCUUGCCCUAAAUUAGAGGAUACUGGCCUUUCCUUUUUGUUGCCAAAUGGGAGAAAUUGUUUGGAGCAAAGGCUGACAUCAUUGCUCUGGUGACAGUGCUCAGAAAUGGAAGUGCCUUCCUUGUGCCCCAGUCCAGGAAAGGGAGGCACAACUUUUUGCAAGCCCUGCUUCUCCGCUGAGGGAAGGUGGAAUAGGGCUGUUGAAGAUGAUCUCAACAGCAGAGAUGGGUAGAGUAUGUCAUUCUUAUAAGGACACAUUGAUGGGAAUCUGGAUUUCCAUGAGGGGGAAAAUCUGCAAUCUACCAAGUAGCCAUUGCCACAGUCUGCUGGGAAAGCUUCAUUCACUUCAGUGGGGCUUGUGCUGGAGAACUGGAUUGUGCCCCAUUGGCAAGAUUGGUUGUCUUGUCCCAUUCUGCCAGCAGCAAUGACACCUGCAUUGACUGCUUCACCCCUCCCACCUCUUGCCAAAAUCCAUUUAGUUUUCCACUCUGCUACAGUACAGUUUUGCCAGCAGGACAGAGUAUUGGGUGUUCAUUAUGUGUUCAUAUUCGCAUCAACCCUCCGAAACAAACCAGUUUUUUGUUUCAGCAAUUGGCAAAGAGAAUUAGCAAGGCCUUUUCUGUUACAACCCCAAAGCUGAGAAGAGAGUUCUCCAGAAAGAUACAUCAUCAGCCCGCAUCUCUUCUUAGCACUCAUCUUAAUGGGAGGCUCACAGUUCAGUGGUAGAAGCCUAGAGACCUUCGCCAUGCCAAACAUAUGCUCUGUCUCUGAGCUAUUACCCUUCCCCUUGGUUUGCUGCCUGGACCCAAGAAGGGAUUUCUUUUGCACUCCAUCCUAUUCCCACCCUUCCUACUAUUAUCACUGGACUAGGGCUGUCCCAGCUUGCCUUAGCUAUACCUUUUAGUUUUAGUACCCACUGCAGAGUUAAGUUUUAUUGUUGCAUGUACACCCCCCUUCUGUUUUAUGGGGCGUUUUGCCUUCUGCCUCUGCCUUCCUUCUUCCACUUCCCUCUUUUUACGCCCUGGAAAUAAAUGGACUUUAUUUAUAACAGGAGCAUCCCCUGCACUGGCGUAGAUGCAGCUCCUGCCUCUGAGCUCUGCCCACUUAGUAAGCCGAGCUUUAAACACCCCCUUCACUCUCUUUCUCUUUUUCUGUUAGGUUGACUACACUGUUGCUCGUCGGCCACGGCCUGGCCGACCCGUGAAAAACAGGAGGAGGAAACUGCCCACAUAG